AUGCUGCAUCGUCGACGGUUCGUCAAAACUUCAACGGUCAACCACAGCCAGAGAGACGUCGAUGUUGCGCCCUUCCAGAUUCCUUCAACAUCGAGAAAGGCAAUGUGCCCCUCCAAACAUGCACUCAUGAGCUUCAGAAAACCAUACCGGCCUGUCGCUAUUGGUUGCCUCGUCGCAGUCUCUGUUGCUUGCCACACGCUCAUCCUCCACUUCUCAAACCUUAACUACCACGAUCCCUUCCUCUCGCGGACAUUGAGGCGCCCAUUGUCGUCCAACGUCGCCUGUCGUGUGCUCCACCGAGCCGGUAAUCCGACAUUUGACUCCAACCAUGUCCAUGUUCAAGUGGGUGUCUCUGAGCGACCUUUCACAGCCCCUGGCCCGUCGGGCUCAGUCCCAUACAUCAGGUUCCAGUGCCAGUUGCAAGACUCUAUACUCUGGUGUCUGCACUUCGUACACUGCGAAUGCUGUGGCAUUGUUUGGCCAGCGGCAUAUCCAACACCAUGCCCCGUUUCAACCCAACCAACACCUCCUGCAUCUUCGGCCUCAGUUUCCCUGCAUCUACCCGCCUGUCGUGCCUCUUUCCCUGAUGGUUGUCAGUCGUCGACAAUGCAACCGCCAAGCACCAAGCCCAACUAUGGGACGUGUCGAAAACUCUGGAUUCCUCUCCGCGCCGCCGUCCCCCGGGCUUGA